UUCAGCCACACCUUUCUGUGCAUAAAGACAACCUCUACCUUGACUGAAAUGUUAUGGCGGACUAAAAAGCGACAUUUAUUUUCCGUGUCAACGUCAAAUGACUCUCAUAUUGUUUUUUUAAACUAUUUUCUUCUAUCUUAUUUAUUUUCUCAGUCAUCAUCAGUUCGGACAUGAUGAUGCUGGGCAGUUUUUUUCGGGGUUGUCAGAAGAAUGUGGUUUCAUCUUCUGUCUCAUUCCGCCACAUUUCAACAGCCAUCCGAAACAACAGCAAUCAGGAUUAUGAUGAGCCUCAGCAUGUUGUUUAUCCCAAAAUCAAACUGCCAUCUAAAAUCGUGCUCCCAGGACUGCCUACCGAGGAACCCUGGACUCGCGUUAAAAAGGUUAUGAAGUUUGACUAUGAUACAGCUGUUGCAAACUUACAAGGAAAACCGCCACCACCUUUUCCUGGAAAUGCCGACAUUUUAAUAAUUGGAGGCGGUAUAGUCGGAAGUUCCAUUGCUUAUCAUCUCUCUGAAAGAACUGGGCCAGGGUUAAAGGUUACAGUAGUGGAGAAAAACCCACCAAAAAUAUCAAAUUGUUCAAGUGAUUUGUAUCAUCAAGUAGGUUCAAUGCCAAAUUUUGAAAUGACCCAGUAUGCAGCAGAAUUCUACCGAACUCUAGGGCUUACCUGGGAUGACCCAGACUUACCACCCCUUCCUGAUAUUGGUUUCAAUGUCAAUAGCUCACUUUUGAUUGCCCCAAAAGAUAAAACUGAUAUUAUUGACGACCUAUCAGACAUGUACAAAACAACAAAAUGGAAUCAUCAAAUGCUCAGUUCUCAAAUAUUGAAGCAGAAAUUUCCAUGGCUGAAUAGUGAUGGGAUUGUUCUUGGUUGUUUGGGCAUGCACAAAGAAGGAUUUUUUAAUGAAUCAUGUGCUCUUGCCAUUAUAAGAGCAAAGGCUAGAAGAAAUGGAGUUACAUUUCAGCAGGGAAAUGUGGUUGGUUUUGAAUUUGUUGAUGUGUCGGACCUUGCUUCACCUAUGCACCAUUUGAUUAAAACAUAUACCCCUCGAACAGCAGUGAUUUAUGAUCCAGAAGGAGAUGCUAAAAGACUCUCCUUUGGUUAUGCAGUAUUAGCAGCAGGAAAUUCAAUAAAUGAAGUUGCUAGUCUUCUUAGAAUAAACAACCAGGAUACAGACUUACCACUAAUAUCACAAAAGUUGUCUACAUUUGAAAUCCAGUCUAACAGUGGCCCAGGCUUAGAUAUGCCACUGAUCAUGGAUCCCAGUGGGUUAAGAGUCAGGAGGAAUGGCUUACUAGGUACAUAUUCUGUUUGGAAUGAAAAAGACCUGGUUGAUCAUGCAAGUGAUGAGGAGCCAAUAGUAGAUAAUAACUAUUUCAAUGAAGAACUCUACCCCAAACUAAUUCACAGAAUACCAGAUUUUAAAGAUUGCAAGGUCAUAUCAUCUAAAGCUCAAAUAGUUGACAAGUGCUUAUGGGAUAACCAUUUAUUGCUUGGACCACUUAUAAGAUACCCCAAUAUUUUGGUUGCUGGAGGUUUUUGCAAUAACCGUUACUUAUUUGCGCCUGCGAUUGGUCGAGGUCUCGCUGAACAUAUGCUGGAUUCUCAGUAUUCAGGGAUAGAUUUAAGUUGCUUCCGGCUUGAGAGGAUAGUAAACGAGUUGAAAAUCAAUACGGCGCAAAUAUAACCAUCAUUCUUGUAAAAAAAAAAAAUACAAAUAAAUAAUAUAGUAAUGAA